UGAAAUUGAUGAGUAUUUGUUGUUGGAAGAGGAAGGAAGACGAACACAUCCUUUUCAAUGGUGGAUCUUAAAAAAAAACCGAUUUCCGACAUUAUCAAAAAUCGCCCGAAAGUAUUUAUGUGUAUUGGCAACGUCAGUCUCAUCAGAACG